CCCGCCCUGGGUUCCGUAUCUUCUUCGUUUCAACUAUUUUUUGUGCCGCGUUUGUCUCUCUCUCUGGUCGGCCUGGUCUCUCCCUCCUCCACCCCACCCACUCCACCCCACCUUCCCUCAAUUCAGAUUUCAGCUUUUCCGCUCGCCAGAAUACAAAUUACCGCCCACACACCCACGGGUAAAUCGAUUUUCUGUUUUCAUCUCCCAAUCGGUCUUAAUCGACUGGCUCACCACGACCAAACCCUAAUUCCUCCCAACGCACUUAUCCAGCCGAUCUCCGCUUGAUUUCGCGGUGGAAUCCUUGAAUUUCGACUCCAAUUUUCGUAGGGUUUUUCAGUUUCACCAAAAGAGGGCUGGAAUUGAAAUGGACGAAACUCCGAAUCCGGAGCCGAGAAGUGUAGAGGAAGUCUUCAAUGAUUUCAGAGGCCGCAGAGCGGGCCUCAUCAAGGCCCUCACUGAAGAUGUCGAGAAAGUUUAUAAGCUGUGUGAUCCAGAAAAAGAGAACCUGUGUCUAUAUGGGCUUCCGAACGAGACAUGGGAAGUCAACUUGCCCAUCGAGGAGGUGCCCCCGGAACUUCCGGAGCCAGCACUUGGGAUAAAUUUUGCUCGAGAUGGAAUGCAAGAAAAGGAUUGGUUAGCCCUUGUUGCAAUUCACAGCGACUCCUGGCUGCUUUCUGUUGCAUUCUACUUUGGUUCACGGUUCGGAUUCGGUAAGAGUGAAAGGAAGAGACUUUUCCAGAUGAUUAAUGAGCUCCCAACAGUUUCUGAAGUUGUGACUGGAGCUAUUAAGCAGGGGAAGGAUUCAGCUGCCGCGCAAAGCAACGGCAACAAGAACAAGUCGGGUGGGAGACCCCCAUCUCGGCAGCCAGAGAUGGUGCCCAAAGGCGGGAAGACAUCUGCAAAAGACGAGGAGGAGGAUGAGGAAGAAGACAACAAUGUCGAUGAGGAUGAAGAUGAGCAGGGGGCGACAUUGUGCGGAGCCUGUGGAAACAAUUAUGGGAACGACGAAUUCUGGAUUUGCUGCGAUGUAUGUGAAAAAUGGUUCCAUGGGAAGUGCGUGAAGAUAACACCGGCCAAAGCUGAACACAUCAAGCAGUACAAGUGCCCGGGAUGCAGCAACAAACGGGCUAGAGUUAACCCGGGCCUUUCGUGACGAUCGAUCGACGAUGUCUGAAUGGAAACAAAGGUUCAGUUUUAUAUAUAUAUAUAUAUAAAAAUUAGAAACAUCUGCUGCUGGGAAAGAAAUUCAAACAAUCUUUUCAUUUACAUUUUCUCAGCUUCUGUUCUUGUGGGGAUGUAGAAAGACAUUUGAUUUCUUGCUAUUAAGCUUAAAUAGUCUUAACAUUUUUCCCAGCAUAGUUUUUUCUGAACAUGUAAUGUAAUGAUAGGAAUUGAACUCCACAUCUGAUGUCUAAAAUUACUUUUCUUGUA